GCGAGGCCCCGCGUGCCGGUUAGCCGUGUACAGCUACACACCCGUAAGCCAUUUCACACACAGUAUAAAUUUUUAAUUUUACGAAUGGAAACGUUAUUUGCACAGAUUAAAGUUUCCACAGAAAAACUCCUGGAGAACCAAAUAAAUGUGAAUAUAGACGAAAUAAUUGAAAACCUGUUCAAUGAAGUUUCAAGUCUGAAAACUCUGACCGCUGCCAAAUCGUGGGAUCCAGAGGUGGAAGAGACCGCCGUACAACUGUGGAACUGGGCAGUGACGAAGCAUGUGGGUUCGGCUAUAGGUCUCGAGCAUAAAGCCAAAGUUCGCCACGUGGCAUGCAGACUGCUGUAUGUGUGUGAGUCCGACAGCCCAUCAGAAAGCACACUUCGCAGACAGAUCUUGAUGGCCACCAAGACUGGCAGAACGUGGCUUGACUGCAAAAAUCCCACUAUGGCAGAUGAGUUUCUCAGCCUUGCUGUCAAAAGUCUGGAGGUCUUAUACAGCAAACUCAUGUCCCGAGGUGAGAGAAGGAUGGAUAUCAACAUCCCAAAAGGAGACAUCGAGAAAGACCUUUUCAGAGUUCUGACAUACCAGGCUGAAUCUGCUUUGAUGCAGGAUGACCACCAGGGGGCCGUCUCUCAGGUCUCCCGGUGCAAGGACAUGUUGGAGCGGCUUCCCAAAGAGACUGGCUACCUCUGUCUCCUGUGUUAUAACUUUGGCAUUAACAACUACAACUUGAAAAAGUACAGGGAGAGCACCUUUUGGCUGAGCCAGAGCCAUGACAUCGGGAAGAUGAAUGAGUUUGGUCCCGGAGCUUCAGUGAGGGCCAAAGUGCUAAGGCUUCUUGCAACUGUCUUUUUGGAGUGGGACUAUCAGGAGUACAAGGAAAAGGCCCUCAGUGCUGUGAACUUAGCCAACAAGGAAAGCGUGCACCCAUCAGGACUAUUCCUAAAAAUGCGGAUUUUACUGACCUGCAAAGCCGAAGACGAACACGUCAGAGCCGCCAUAAUGCAGCUGCUUGGCCCAGAGAUUCCUCUUGAUGUUUGUCUGAGCACAGUGAGAUUGCUCAUGACAGAGAACAGGGAGAGCCUGGCCUUUGAGUUCCUGCAGCAGGUGUGCCAGUGCUUUGAGUCGAGCCCUGAGCUGGGAGUGGCCUUGGUGCUGCAUGUGGAGCUGCUGCUGCAGAGGGGCAGGGAGGCGCAGGGGAAGCAGCAGGUGGAGCGCAUCAUGGCAGAACACCAUGCCGGCAAACCGCUGUCCCCUCAGACCCUCUGCCUUCUGCACAGCCUGCUGUGGGACCGAGCCGCCAGGCACUUUGAGGCCCACAACUAUGCAGAGGCCCUGCAGUGGUACAGCUACUCCCUGAGUUUCUACCCGGCUGGCACCAUGGAUCAGAACCUGGCCAAGCUGCAGCGGAACCGGGCUUCCUGUUUCCUGCAGCUGCAGCAGCUGGAGAAGGCCAAGGAUGCCGUGAAUGAGGCUGAGAGAUGUGACCCCGGCAACAUCUUCACCCAGUUCAGCAUCUACAAGGUGGCACUUCUGGAGAAGGACAUGCUGCAGGCCACGGAAGCCGUGAGGCAGAUGGCAAAGCUCUCGGUGGAGCCCAUCUCGUGCCAGGAGCGCCUCCUGAUGGGGCCCCGUGCAGCCUCCGACCUGCUGGCUGCGGCGGCACACAUGGCCUUAGAGAAUGGACAGCCGGACACGGCCGCAACAGCCCUGCGGAGCCUGUGCCAGAGCUCAGCGGACAGCGCGCAGGCCCUCAGGGCGCUGCGGUGUUUGGUUCGGCUUGUUCUUUCUGCCACGGAAAAUGAAAGUGAGGAAAUGAGUGAUGCAGAUUUGGAUGCUGUCUUGUCAUACCUGGCAAUGGCUCUGCAGAAGGUAUCCCAGCUCCCCAGCGAGCUUGGCUCAGACCCAGCAAAACGGGCCGAUGAGGCCAGCUGGUUCAGGAAGAUCGCAUGGAACCUGGCCCUCCAGUGUGUGAAAAUUCCUGACAGGAUGCGGGAUUUCUUUGUGCUCUCCUAUCAGCUGUCCCAGUUCUGCAAGCCUGAAAAAGCUGUGCUCAUGGGGCAGAAGACCUGCCUCCUCAUGGCUGCUGCAGCUUGCCUGGAGCUCUAUAGGAUGUCUGCACAAUCAGCACCUCAGACAGAGCAGCUGACGCAGGCCUUAGAGCACAUUCAGAGCUGCAGGGAAAUCUGGAAAACUCUAAAAGCCACAGGAGACUUCCUGAGGGAUCCCACCGACACUCUGCUCUCCCUGUACGAGUUUGAGGCUCGUGCCAAGCUCAGUGACCCCAAACUGGAGGCCGUGCUGGAGGCCAUCCUCGAGGUGGACCCUGUGGAAACCAAGACUUUGGAGACAGUUGCAGCCCUGGCUGUGGAGCCUCCGGCUCACUUCCCUCAGGUGUCCAAGAGAGCCCUGAAGAUGGCGCUGUCCCUGCACAGGAAGCAGCCCCGGGAGGACCCGUCCCGCUGCAGCCGGUGGGUGUGCAGUCUGAUCGAGCUGUCGCUGCCCGGAGGCGUGUCCGAGGUGGAGCCCCGCACGCUGGAGGAGGUGUGGGGGUACUUUGAGGAGGCCCGCUCCAUCAUCGCCUCUGCGUCUGAGGAAUUGCCGGAACUGGAGGUUCUGUGGCUGCUCACACGGGCUUGGAACACAGGCAUCCUGCUCUUCAGUCUCGCCCAGUUCCCUGAGGCAGAGAGGUGGUGUGGCCUGGGUAUGGCCUUCCUCUGCCAUCUCCGGUCCCUGCAGGAGAGCUACCGGAUAAAGAUGUCAAGCCUCUAUGCAGAGGUGCUCGACCAGCUGGAUAAAACAAACAGGAAUGUCAUCAUAGAUGAGUAAGCAGCUGGCCCUUCUCUGUCACAGGGUCUGUCUAACGGCCUUCCUCCGUUUUCCAUGUUUGGGCCCUACAUUGAAACGGCACCUUUGCCCCGAUCCCCUAAUGUUUACAAUCCUCUGUUGGCUUGGAUAGAAGUUUUUAACUACUGAAUUUUGUUUCCUCGUUACGAUUUUGUGAAGUUCUCUCUGCUGACUCUCAGUAUGUGUGCAGUAAGUGGUUGGCCUCCCCUCAAUCCGUUUCAUAAACUGUGCUUGGUAAAGUCUGGGAGAAAAAAGGGGCAGAUCCCAAGAUCUCAGUGUGAUGGAGUGAUGAGCCUUCAGACACAGAUAACCAGCUCGUUAUGGAUUAAAAGCAGUCAAAGUUUU